AAUAUUCCCUUGGUUUUCCUCAUUUUCGCCAUGUAGGUAGAAGUACAUCUACCUUUAUAUGUAUAUGUGGCUUUCAGAUAUACACUGAUUACUUGGUUGUGAUAUGGAAAGAGUUCACUAGCCUGUUGAAGAAGUUUUGUAACAUUUUCUCUGGUCAUUUCGUGACUUUCGUCUUUCUGGUCCGGCAACACUGGCGGUAACCAUUUACCCUUUUCAUAACAAUAAUACACCUACUCUAUUGAAGUUUCUGAGACUCACCAAAUCUGUAAGUUUAAAAGAAUGUAAACCGGUAAAUAUAUACAUUUAAAUCAUAAUAUUGAAUUGAAAGUCCUACUUGCGUUUUGAAAGUUGAUAUCAUGGGAGACGACGGUACUCCAGUAAACAAAACAGUACCUGUUCCUGUAGCUGUUCCCAAGAGAAAGAAAGAUGAACGUUACAGAAAACGCGACCCACGUUCAUGGGAAAACAUCAUUAAAAUCACGACCAAUAUGAGUUUAGAAGAAAGGCUUCAACAUUUGGAAAAUGCCUAUAACGAAUUAUACAAUGAGAAUCGGGCAUCCAAUGCUAAUUUACAAGCCAGGGAAAAGCAAUACUCCCAAUGUCUAAAAGAACAUGAAAAAGACCGUGCAGAACUCACCAAAAGUAUUUUAGCUAGGGGACAACUGGAAAGUCUAUGUCGUGAACUGCAGAAGCAAAACAAACUUAUUAAGGAGGAAAAUAUAGCUAGAAUAAAAGAGGAAGAAGAUCGAAGAAGGGAAGUAGCUAACACGUUCACUGAGCGAUUGAAUGCACUCACAAACCUAAUAACGGAAAGUAAAGACAAGUCAAAUAAAGUGAAAGAGGAGAACGAGAAUAUGACUCAGAAAUUGACUGAACUUUAUGAACAAUAUCAACAAAGAGAAAAUCACAUUGAAACGGUCACUAAACAACUCGAUUUACAGAAGAAAUUAGCUGAAACUCAAGCCAAGAAAGUUGAAAUUGAACAUGAAGCUGAAAGGCAAACCUUUUUAGCUCAAAAAAAGGCCGUCGAAUUGCAGUUGCAGCAAAAGGAAAGAGAGCUGGUCUUGCUUGCGGAGAAGUAUAGAAGUCGCGAAGCUGAAAUUGACUUGUACAAGAGCCAAUACAAUGAUUUUGAAAGCACCAUGUCAAAGAGCAGUAAGGUAUUUGACAGCCUUAAGGAGGAAAUGAUGAAAAUGAGUAAGCAAGUUCAUACUCUUGAAACUGAAAGAAAUGAUCUAAAGAAAAAAUGGCAAUCCAGUGUAAAUUCCUUGAUCGUAUUGUCGGAGCAACACAUGACUUUAUCUACUGAGCAAGGUGCAUUGGAGAAACGCAUUUUAAUGUUACAAAAACUAUGCAGACAACUUCAAGAAGAAAGGAGCGCAUAUCUGAAGCAACUUAAAGAAAAUAAUAUAGAACCCAUUGCUCCUUUGAAAAUAGAGGAUUCUAAGGACAUCAGUCAAGAAACCUUGUGUGACCGUUCAAACAGUGAUGCGGCAGGUCCCGAAACAAAAAGAGAACAAGAUGUAAAGGAGGGGUUCAAAUCAAAAAGGUGAAAGGUAGAAAGAGACAAGUUUGAACUGUACUUAGGAUGCUCCAACGUUUCACAGCCAAGUUUCUGUUUUUCUUCCUUCGAGAACAGAAAAGAGCACAAAGACACGGGUUCUUGACAGGAUCUUAUCGACGAAUUGUGCCUCGGAUCGCCGCAAUAUACCUGAUUCAUUCACCCCCCUCAUUGCCCAGAAACUUAAUUAUUAUCCGUUGCUCCAAGACAUGCACUGCUUUUUUGUUCAUGGUCGCUUUAAUGUUAAGAAGAACUGAUUGAAUUCUAGUGCGUGUUGUCACCCGACGUAAAUAAAUACCAACUUCGCCAAGGUAGAUGCAAAUCAGAAACAUUGU